CAGCUGUCACCCUGGAGCCGGACCGACAGCCUGUCGCACGGCGUCGACAGCUGCAGUCGCCGACGGCAGGCGACCGCUGGCAGCCGCCGCUAUUUGGAGAGACACUGAGCGCCGGUGCUGACGGCCGUCGGUCGGGCGAUAGGUAACGGACACGACGGAGGCGAAACGACGCCAAAAACUCCGUCAAGCACCUCGCCGGAAGAUAUCAAUCAGAGACAACCAGCCAGUCAGCUAUCAGCCUUACGGUCUUCUGUUUCGGGUUCAACUGUCUUCGUUCGCUACCGUUGGCAGCAACAGCUUUGGAUAAGUUAUUCGUGCACUUAAUAAUUUAAUCGUUGAAAUCACACCAAACCGAAAUGAAACAGCAUUAGCAUACCGUUUCUGAGCCGGUUUCUCCGCUCCGUCCACCCGAGUACCGCACCAUGGAAGACUCUAGCAGCGCCCUACGCACCGUGUUCUACGCCUGCAUGCUGACCGUGUGUGCCAUUGUCUGCGUAGUGCAGUGCGUCAACCAGCUCAAGCUCUACUGGAGCGAGCCGGCCGCGAUGACCGUCACCAUCCAGCAGGACGUCAUGUUCCCCGCCUUCACCGUGUGCUCAUCGCGAGAGUUCAGCCGCCGGAGGGUGGAAGAACUCGGUCUGCUCAACCGGCGCGGAACGGAUGUCGACUGGAAAAAGUUUCCGUCUAACGCCAGCGUGGAGACCUUCUGGCGAGAGGCCGGCACGCAGCGCCAGGAGCUGAUCGCGAGCUGCAACCGCGGCGCCUGCUCCGGAGACGCCAGCGGCGAGGCGCCCGCCGGCCGGUGGACGCCGCUGAUGGCCAGAAACGGCAUGUGCUACACCUUCGUGGCCAACCAGACGUUGGUGAUGAAGAACGAGGAAAAGCUAGACAUCACCUUCUAUCUCUACACCAGAGAUUACUUCAACAAAAAGGACAAGUACUUUGUGGACGUGUACUUCCACGGCAGUGAGCCUCCGAUCGUGCAGGCUCGCUACUUCAACACGCCCAACCACCCGAAGGUGAAGGUGCAGGCGGGAGACAUCACCACCGCAGAGGUUACCGGAAAGGUGGCCGUCUUCAAGUCGCUCACAAGGCGCUACUGCGAUACGAGCAAAGGAUACACUCAGGACAAAUGUUACGAGAAGUGCAUGUGGGCGCACGAGUCCCAACUGAUCGGCUGUCGCGCCCCGUGGAUGGUCGGCCUGGCCCAUCCUCUGCCGCUCUGUAACACCAGCAAGCAGUUUUACAAGAUGCAGAGUCCUCCGGCUAUCCCCCGCGGCUCGGUCUCCUGCCCGCACUGCCCGCCGUCCUGCAGUCACGAACGCUACUCCGUACAGGUGACGACCACAAUGAACGCCGCUGGCAUGGCUCGCUCGGGCAUUGCCAAGCUGAUGGCGGUGUGGCCGUACCAGCAGGAACUCUCCACCGAGGAAAAGACCUACGGCCUCAGCGGCCUCAUCUCGGACGUGGGCGGCAACAUGAGCCUGCUGCUCGGCGUCUCCGUCAUCAGCAUCGCCCAGUUGAUGGAGAUGAUGCUGCGUGGUGUACGCUCCUGGCUGCACGGCCGUCUGAAGCACGCCCGCGCCCGGACCCGCGGCGUGGCGCCCUCCGCCCUCCCCACCCCGGUCGAUCAUUACAUCUACACACCGCCGAGCAAGAACGUGACGCUGCCGUCAGCGGAUAUUGCCGGCGCUGCUGGCACGCCGCCGCCUGCGCAGUAUCAGUCACCGCCGGCGUCCAUGAAGGAGACGGGUAUGCCGCGGGUGGUGAGCGGCAGGCUCCGGCCGCCCUGGUCCGCCCACACCCGACCGGUCACUGCACUCCGGAGCAUGCUGGAGUGAUGGUGAGAAGUUGUAGUGAGCUGGCCUCUUUGUAAUUGUGGCCCCGUAGUGUGCAUGCAAAGCGGCGGGUCCGCUCGUAAUAGGUGUGCGAUAAACAUAGACGUAGAGGAAGAUGCCAAAAUGUUACAGAUGAAGGUUCAAAGUGCGCAGAUAAUUAUCGGUUCUAUUGUAUAGGAUGGAUAGAUAGACGAAUGUAACGUUCAACGUCAAAUAGCCUGUUAUAAGAAUUAGAGGUUAACGGUUAAGUAACAUAAAUGGAUAAGGUAAAGCAUCAGAGCUACAUAAGAGAUAUGGAAAACGGCAGUAAUUUUGAGAACAGGUUAUCUGGAGAAUAUUGAUGCCUUGCGUCUUUAAUUGAUUUCACCAUUUCCCCCGGUCCUCUGUGCUACCUUUAUCAGCUGUGUGAGAGUGUCACGGUCAAACAGUUCUAAAACAAAGCCAGCCAAAAACAGGUGAAAGAGACGCAGCCGCGAGGUCCUUUCAGUCCUUAGACAAAGCUAUUCUUUAUCUGUCUCGGCGUUUUUAUUCAGCCCCACCUUCCUUGUUGGUUUGAAAUGUUUACACGUGUUGAUUUAUCCCGACUGCAGUUUUCCUAUCUAAGGUCACGCCAAAUGUGGCCCGAGAUAGCCUCCCGUGUCUGAGCAGCCACUGCAAGGCUCUUUUCCUCUGAAUCCGCAGCUAUCUGGUCGAGCUACCCCCGGCAACAGAGUCUCCCUGGGGUCUGGGCUCGCUGAAUUCACACCUGCCCGGGGUAUCACGGCGGGCGCGGCUGAUCCUUCGGGACGGGGGCCGUGACGUCACCAGUCUAUUCCCCGCUCGCGGCGGCCGAUGACGACAGUCCGGCUCGGUCGGGCCCUGUGAGUCAGGCGGCAGAGAGCUCCGGCCUCAGGGACUGGCGCGGUUCCGGCGCCGACUCCGGCCUCAGGGACCGACCGGUUCCGGCGGCGGUUGCCUGUCCCUUGAAGGCGCCUUGUAUAGCUUCGCUGCAGGCGAACGUGUGCAGCGUGGUGGGGCGUCGUGGCAAAAGCAUAAGUAGCAGCGGUAGCAGAUGUAGCAGACGUAGCAGAUGUAGCAACAACAGCAGGCAGCAGUAACAUCCGUAGUGCAGCAGCAGGAGCCGCAGCAUCAGUCGUAGCAGCAGAGGUUGCAUUAGCACCGGCAGUCGGCCCAGCCGGGUGCGUUGAGCCGUCGCCUCCGCUGCCGGUUUGUUUAUGGCUAGACGAUUGAUUGGUGGUGUGACUGGAGACGGUCCACAGCAUAGAUCGAACACCCUGCACUCGGAGCACUGAGUGAACGGCUUGGACAGGCGACAAUACAUUAGCCGAGUUCGCUAGAUGUUUAUGUUUGUUUUGCAUGGCGUGAAAUCUUGCUUGAUCAUUCACCAUGUCUGCUAGGCGCUAGCUCAUGAGCGAUGAAUAACCAUAAAAAUAAAGUUGAAAUCCCAUGAUUAUAUUGAAAAUUAUCACAUGUAGAAGCGAUCCGCUUAACUGUUAAGUUGUAGCGGAGCGAUGCGAUAUGUUCACGACACGGCGGACCUCGUCUGGACUCUAGGCGUCACUGGGGACUAGAUCAUGACUCUAUCUCUGGGUCCAUGACUCUAGGUCCAUGACUCUAGAUUGUCGUCAUCCUGGCCGGUCGGUCGGAAUAAACACGGCACCAUUAACUCGGUCCCCGGCUGACCACGCCGAUCAGUCGUCCCGUCAUGUUACGUCGCGCCGACCUGUCAUCAGCUGUGUAAACUUUCCGUCAGU